CUGCCGGAAAGAGCCGAAGCGGCGGCGGGCGGGCGGCACCGCGCCUGCGCGGGGGGAGGCCCCGCCGGUUGGCGGCCGGCGCUCCGCAGUGGGGUGGGGGGGGGGAAGCGGAGCGGGGCGGGCGGCGGGAGGAGGCCGGCCGGGGAGCGCAGCAAUGGCCGUGGUGGGCAUCGACCUCGGUUUCCUCAACUGCUACAUCGGCGUGGCGCGCAGCGGCGGCAUCGAGACCAUCGCCAACGAGUACAGCGACCGCUGCACGCCAGCUUGUAUAUCUUUAGGAUCCAAGACCCGGGCCAUUGGGAACGCAGCAAAGAGCCAGAUUGUCACAAAUGUAAAAAAUACAUUGCAUGGCUUCAAAAAACUGCAUGGAAGAGCCUUUGAAGAUCCUUACAUACAAGCUGAAAGGGCCAAACUUCCUUAUGAGCUUCAGAAGAUGCCGAAUGGCUCUGUAGGAGUAAAGGUGAGAUACCUCGAUGAAGAGAGACUGUUUGCAGUUGAACAAAUUACAGGAAUGUUACUGGCUAAGCUUAAAGAGACUUCAGAAAGUGCUCUGAAGAAACCAGUGGCAGACUGUGUGAUCUCAGUACCCAGUUUUUUCACUGAUGCUGAGAGAAGGUCUGUAAUGGCAGCUGCUCAGAUUGCAGGACUAAAUUGUCUGAAGUUGAUGAAUGAAACUACAGCAGUUGCACUAGCCUAUGGAAUAUACAAGCAAGAUCUGCCGGCCUUGGACGAGAAACCAAGAAACGUGGUCUUUGUAGAUAUGGGGCAUUCUGCAUACCAAGUCUCCAUCUGCGCUUUUAACAAGGGAAAAUUGAAGGUCUUAGCUACUACUUUUGACCCCUUUUUAGGUGGAAGGAAUUUUGAUGAGGCUUUGGUAGACUACUUCUCUGAAGAAUUUAGGACAAAAUACAAGCUGAAUGUAAAAGAGAAUCCCCGAGCGCUGCUACGAUUGUAUCAGGAAUGUGAAAAACUAAAGAAGCUUAUGAGUGCAAACGCCUCUGACCUUCCACUCAAUAUUGAAUGCUUCAUGAAUGACCUUGAUGUCUCCAGCAAGAUGAACAGAGCUCAGUUCGAGCAGUUGUGUGCUGCCCUUCUGUCCAGAGUGGAACCUCCUCUAAGAGCAGCCAUGGAACAAGCAAAACUUGACCGUGAAGAUAUCUACAGUAUAGAAAUAGUAGGUGGGGCUACUAGAAUUCCAGCAGUGAAGGAACAGAUCUCUAACUUUUUCUGUAAAGAAAUAAGCACCACACUAAAUGCUGACGAAGCUGUUGCAAGAGGCUGUGCCUUGCAGUGUGCAAUACUUUCCCCAGCUUUUAAAGUGCGUGAAUUUUCCAUCACUGAUGUUGUUCCUUAUUCCAUAACGUUAAGAUGGAAAUCAUCUUAUGAAGAAGGAACAGGGGAAUGUGAAGUCUUCAGUAAGAACCAUGCUGCUCCAUUCUCAAAAGUAAUUACUUUUCACAAGAAAGAGCCUUUUGACCUGGAAGCUUACUAUACCCAUCCACAUGAAGUGCCUUAUCCUGAUUCCAGAAUAGGGCGUUUCACUAUUCAAAAUGUUGGUCCCCAACACGAUGGUGACAAUUCCAAAGUGAAGGUUAAAGUGCGUGUCAAUAUUCAUGGCCUUUUCAGCGUGGCUAGUGCUUCUAUAAUAGAGAAGCAGAAUAUAGUGGGAGAUCACAAUGACACACCUAUGGACACUGAAUCAUCAAGUAAGAACCAAGGCAGAGAUGAUGAGCUGGAUAAAAUGCAGGUUGAUCAAGAUGAAGGUAUUCAGAAGAGUCAAGGUGAACAACAGAGCCAGGCAGAUGAGGAAACUGAAAACGCAGGAAAUGAAACAAAAGUUGCUUCUGGAGACAAGCAAGAUCAUCCAACCCAGCCAAAGGCUAAAGCAAAAGUUAAGAGUAUUGACCUACCUAUACAGGCAAGCCUCUACAGACAACUAGGACAAGAUCUUAUCAAUUGCUAUAUAGAAAAUGAGGGGAAGAUGAUGAUGCAAGACAAACUAGAGAAGGAAAGAAAUGAUGCUAAAAAUGCUGUUGAAGAAUAUGUAUAUGACUUCAGAGACAAGCUGUGUGGAGUCUUUGAGAAGUUCAUCACUGAAGAAGAUACGAACAAGCUGACCUUGAUGUUGGAAGACACGGAAAACUGGCUUUACGAAGAUGGAGAGGACCAGCCAAAACAAGUGUACAUGGAUAAGCUUCAGGAAUUAAGAAAAUUUGGACAGCCUAUUCAGGAAAGAUACAUGGAACAUGAAGAGAGACCAAAAGUUUUAAAUGAACUCGGAAAAAAGAUUCAGCUACUUAUGAAAGCAGUAGAAGCAUACAAAAAUAAGGAUGAAAAAUAUGAUCACCUAGACCCUGCUGAGAUGGAAAAAGUUGAAAAAUACAUUAGUGAGGCUAUGAAUUGGUUGAACAGCAAAAUGAAUGCCCAGAACAAACUAAGUCUAACUCAGGAUCCAGUUGUCAAAGUGGCAGAAAUACUGUCAAAAUCCAAGGAACUGGAUAGCUUCUGUAAUCCUAUCAUAUACAAGCCCAAACCCAAGGUCGAACCUCCUAGUGAUGGGCAGUCCAAAGCUAAUGGUGAACACAAUGGACCAGUGAAUGGACAGAGCGGUACUGAAACAAGACCUGAUCCAGCGAAGGACAAUUCUCAGCAGACCAAACCAUCUGGAGAAAUGGAAGUGGACUAAACCUUGCUUUUCUUUUACUUAAUUAAAAUAGUGCAAGUAACCACAGGGUCCAUUCUUUCUGUCUGGUACACACCUCAGAUGUUCAGUUAUUCUUAGCCAACCUUCUGUCAUUUGUUGCUGAGUAGUUUUGAAAGUGUUUCAUAUUAAGUACACCUCUGAUGUUCAUUUCCACUGAUGCUGCUUAUGUGGAGCUUUAGCCAAAUGUAGAUUGUAUAAGUCAGUUUAAGCUUUCCCAAUAUAUUUUAUAUCAAACAUACAGAAUUGAUAUAUAAAUGGCAACAAUCUACCUUAUUUAAAGCUUUUAUUGUGGAUAAACCUCAGCUCCUUUAUUCAGGAAAGGAUACUGUAUUGCACUACUGAUGCUCAAGUGUAGAUCUAAUUGCAUCUUUAUUUUGGAAAAAUAUUGGAAUUGAAGUGGCAAAACUUGUCACUUGAAGCACUGACCUUUUCUAGUUAUUGUAUUGUUAUAAUUUAAAUAUUAAAAUAGAGGUUAGUUGGCAUACUAGUCCAUCUUGUUGAUGUACCAUGAAAAUUGUACGGUCUCUUUCAUAUAAACUAAUAUAAGCUUGAACACUUUUAGACUCCCAUACCACUAACAAGCUUAGUUACAAAAUACUUUAUAAUGGCGCUGCCGUUUGCUGAAAUGAAAUGAAUGGUCUCAUUGCACAUUGCUGUACAUAAUGGACUGUGCUUAUGAUAGGGUGAUGCUAAUGAUAAUAGUAUGAAGUGGUAGAAUAUACAGGGACUGUUGCAUAGCUUUCCCUUGAAAAUGUCUUGCUGCACAUGUUACUAUUUCCACUUCCAUUUUUGAAUGAAGUCUGCAUCUUGAUCACAUGUUAUGCUGGGGAGGAGAAACAGCAGAAAUUGUGCUGUGUGAGCUGGAUAUUGGCACACCUAAUUUUGAAGCUGCUUAAAUCCUAUUUGUGGCAAACUUGAAACAAAUACUGAGCGCUUACUUAACCCGUGGUACUUGACAUACACUCCUUUUGACCAAGGAUCUAAACAAAAGAGCAUACAAACUGGAUAUUCACCCCAAAGAUGAAAUUGAUGAUACUUGAUGAAAGAUGAAAAUUAUACUUGAUGAAAUUGGAAUUGCUUACCUGUUACCUUUGCUCGUUUACUUUCUAAUGAAAGUGUCAUGUUUAUAUAGCUGAGUCACUAUUUUCUUUGUCUUUCACAUCACCAAGAUCCAAUGUCUGUUCAUACAUUUAUAGGCUUCUGCUAGUCAUGGAGGUACUGUUGCACUUGUUAAAAACAAGCCACUUUACUUCUGACUUUAAACAGCUCUAUUGCCAGAACAGGAAUGAGCUACUCCAUGAAAAGUAGUUUAUUAGCUCUGUCAGCCCGAAAGUGAGAUAAAUUGCAGCGUAACACUUUACUGACGUGAAUUCCAUUGCAGAUUGGCAUUUACCUGUUCAGGUGUUAGGCGUUCCAGCAGCAGCUCUCCUGUAUAAGCUUGUUGCUCUUGUAAACAAGCCAAGGAUCGUAUUCUUGCUUCCAGCUUUGGCAGCUGUUUUAUCUUCAUCUGUGCCCUGAUGCUACAGAAAGAGUCCUAGGCCUAAGCUGUGGUUGACAGAGGGGAACUGUACUCUGCACCAUAUUCACAGAAGAAGGAAGCAUUGCUUAGGCAUAGCUAUAGCUGCUGAACUAGCUCAAGUGCUGGGAUUGUACUUCUAUGACUGAGGUGCAGGCACCUCCCCUACUCAGUCAGUUGUGGGUGGUGUGACACCUUGCAUUUACUUACUGAAAGCUCUUGAACAAAAGCUGAGUGACCUUGAGGCAAGCUGCAGCUACUCUGCAAUCUCAGUCUUGACUUGUGCUGCUGCAGUUGCACAUCUUUGGCACCCAAGUGGUGCCUGUGCUUCAGUGUCAAUUGUCCUUCGUGUAAGUCAGUACAUGACUGAGCAAGAUUUCAUCCUGUAGGCUUUAACAUUAUGAGCGUCUUCGUGGCUUUACCACAGUAAUGUGAUAACUAGCAUUCUUAAGUAUUGGCUUCCUAAAACCCAUCUAAACAUUAAUUUGUUGACUAAGUAAGCUUCCUGAUACCUAGCAGGAGAAGAGCUCGAUCACUGGAAAUCUCCCAUGUGCUCUCCAGUAGCUGAAAGGUCAGAUGUUAGAACAAAAAAUGGUUCUCCUGCUCUUGGUCAUUAAAUGCUCAAUGUUAAAUUGCAAGCAAUGGAAGCAAUUUUUAUGCAUAAAGGCCGAAUAAAUUCUACAGCUGUUUAAUAUGUCAAGCUUAAGCAGAUAUAGUAAAAGUAGUCUUUGUAAGGUUUUCUUACUAGAGUAGUGUUUUGCUGUGCUCUGUCUCUGGAUGUGGAGAGUAUUGCUACACGUAGACUGCAGACAGCAACUGGUUGCUGGUAACAAAGUACAUGUUAAGAAUUCCAUUUAUAAGGGCAAACUUGGUCUUUCCAGAGCAAGUUUCACGUUAACCUGUGAAGGUAUGACUUGCUAAUGUGUAAUCCAUUUUCUGUUACGAAGAAGAAAACUUUACUAGGACAUAGACUUAAGGUGCUCAUCUACUCGAACUAUGCACAACUCGAACAGGUUUUGCACGUUGGACUCCUGAGUUACCUUGUAGCCACCCUGACAGCACCAGAAUGAAUUACCUUUAAAUACAUCACAACAAACUUUGGCGGGGGGGUACCAACAGUAGUGUGCUACCCUGCAUCUUGUAUAGCUUAAAAAAACAGGUAUUCAUUGCUAACAUCCUAUUUGAUACUUUUUGUCCUGCUGAGGACAAGGUGGUUUCUUAUGUUUGAAGAUGUUCCCUCCAUCCCAUAACGAUAAAAUAGGAAGCAACACUAUAAAGGUAGUAGCGUGUUUCUUGUUUGUUGGGGGGGAGAGAAGAGGAGCAGCCUACAAGUUUAUGUAAAAGUUCAGUUACAAAACAUCACAACCCUUUCCUUCUGCUUUACCAGCAAGAUCUUUUACUUCCCUGUAAAAAGUACAAAUUCUUUCGCUUCUAUCACACUAUUUUAAACUUCAGGCUUCUCGUGGGAAGUCACAUUGAUGUAUAGCACAGAUUUUAAACCAUCCCUUAAGCUUGUGCACUCUUCUGUUCAUCUGACAAGGGAGUUUUAACACUGUAUACCUGCCAUUGUUGCGUGGUCACUGAGUUGGCUAUGUAUGUCUGAAUUUGAAUGAAGAAUCCUCUCCCUUCUUUGCAUCCGGUAGCCUCACCCUCCUGCAUGACUACUGCCUUCGGGACGUGCUUGCAAAUCUUCAGUAACUGGUUGGAGCCUAAACACUCCCGAGCUUUUUGGGUGAAGCACCUAAUGCGUGUUUCAGCUCAGGCUUCACAAAACAGUUUGGCAGGAAGUACUCUCUUUUCCUGGCCUGGUGCUGGUUAGUUUCGGCAUAACCCUCCUCUCUCAAAACAGUUCUUUGAUUUUUGUUACAAGCAGUAAUAUUUCACUAUGCUGACUUUUACGCGAGCUAUCCUAAACUGAAUUCCAGAUGACAAAUCUUAAAAUGUGGAUCAAUGGAUUGUCUAUAAAUACUAAUGCUGCUUACAUUACUCACCACGAGCAAUGAGUUUUCUUUAACUGAAUGGCAGAAUAUUUUGUUUUUUCGUAAUGCUUUUUUCAUUAUUCUGUAUUUUCUAGCCUUUGAAGCACCAGAAGACAAAGAUAGUAAAAAUUCAUGGCUUAACAUUUUAAUUUCAGCUCCCAAGAUAACAUUAGGAGUACAAAUCCUUAAUAUGCUAGAGAAACUGUGUGGUAGCUGACUCUUAGCUGAAUUCUUAGUUCUCCACAGUUAAAAUUUGAAGACUUCAACUGUCUACUACAAAUAUAAAUAACAAGUGAACACCGUUGAACAUAACUAUUGGCGCUACAAAAUGGUACAGUGGGAAUUGACUCAUGUAACUUACCUGACAGUUACCAAACUCCAUUUUCUGUUUUCCUUGUCAGAGGGAAAACACUUCAAGCAGUGAAAAGCAGGAAUCACUGCACUGUGAUAUAUGAAGAACCAAUUUAAACAAAAUGCAAUUAAGAGCUAUAUCUAUCAGCUACCUUUAUAAAGUGCUGAGAUGGUUUAAUUAACUAAAAGAAAAAAAGGUGGUAGUUGCUGAAUGUUACAUAGUUGGAAAAGUUUGUUUACAUAUUCUAAACAUAUCUCCACCAGACUGGGGGGAGGGAAGGGGGAUUAAAAUUAAAAGCAGUGUUUAAGUAUGCAAAAUGUUUACUAUGUAUGCAAAUGGGACCUUGAUUAGUGACAGAUCGUGUGCAAAUUGACAAUACUUCAAUUUAUUUUUGAAUGGCAAUAUAGAUUGUCGAGGUUGUGUAUAAUUAUAAUAAAUAUAUAAACCGCUACUUGAACCAUAAA